GAUCAUUAUUUUUCUUGUACUAAAAAAUGAGGAGUUUUUAAAAUGAGUAAAAUAAAACUUUGUACAUUAUUUUUUUCAAGAGAAAAAUCGAAAUAAUGUACAAUAUUUUCGUAAAGUUCAUCAUUUUGCAAAUUAAACUAAUGUUGUAUGUGUUGUUUCCUUUCUUCAUAAAUGAAUAAAAUAAAAAUAUGUUAUGACACUCAUAGAUCCCUUUUUUUUUUAAGGGAAAAAUCGGCUAGAUCUUGAAAUUUUAAUUUCCAACAAAAAUAGGGUCAAAAUAUUUGCAAAAAUCAUUUUUCAGGGUAAAUUUUAAUAGUAUUUCCCAAUUAACGAAAUUCCCAUGAACGCCCUCAACCAAACAAACCCUCCAAUUCCCCUCUUCUCAAAAUUAGGGUUUUGAAUCCGAUCUCGAAAACUCGAAAAUAUUCUCACUUUCCUCUCUCGUUAGGGUUCUCGCCCAAAUUCAUCGCUCAGGAUUUGCCAUUGUAAGAGCCGUACGAGAUAGCUAUCCAACAUCUGUAUCUUGAUUGGUUUAUAUAUUAUUCGGUGAGAUUUUCCGAUAGAAAAACUGUGAUCAAUGCGAAAAGGUACGACCUUUAUUGAUUCGACCCAUUUCGUCUUUGACUAUGAUUAAUUCCCUGAAGGCUCGUGCAAAUAGAAUGGAUUGGUUGUUGAGAUUGCAUUUCUAUGGAUCAACUUUCUGUUUAGCGUAGUUUUGGGGGCUCCGAGUUUGUGUAGAUAUGAUUAAACAAAUUUUCGGCAAGCUUCCGAAGAAGCAAUCGUCGAAGUUGUCACAGUACGAUUCGAGCAAUAACGACGCCUCAAUUCUCGAUUUGAAUUCGAAUUCGGUGAAUCUGGGCCCUCCCCUGCCCGCAAUCAAUGGGGCCUCUCCCCCGGCGGCGGCGGCGGUCCGAGGGAGCCCACCAUUGUUGAAUUACGUGGCUGCUUGCGAGGCGUUGCCAAGCUUGCGCGACGCCCCGAGCUCGGAAAGGCAGAAUCUUUUCAUCAGGAAGUUGAAUUUGUGUUGUGUGGUGUUUGAUUUCACUGACUCUUCCUUGAACGUGAGCGAGAAGGAUGCUAAGAGGAGGGUGCUGCUCGAGUUGGUGGAGUACUUAUCUUUGGUAAAUUCGAAGUUUAAUGAGGUUGUGAUGAACGAGAUAACGAAAAUGCUCGUGGCUAAUCUGUUUAGAGCGUUGCCCUCUUCGAACCCCGAUAGUAAGCUGGUGGGGGAAGUGUAUGACCCGGAGGAUGAUGAGCCCGUCGUGGAGCCUGCUUGGCCGCAUCUUCAGAUUGUGUAUGAGUUCUUCUUGAGAUUCGUAUCUUCGUCUGAGACUGAUGCUAAGCUUGCCAAGAGAUACAUUGACCACUCUUUCGUGCUGAGAUUGCUGGAUCUUUUUGAUUCGGAAGAUCAGAGGGAGAGGGAGUACUUGAAGACAAUCCUACAUCGUAUAUACGGGAAGUUUAUGGUGCAUAGGCCGUUUAUUAGGAAGGCGAUCAAUAACAUUUUCUAUCAUUUCAUGUUUGAGUCGGAGAAGCAUAAUGGGAUCGCAGAGUUGCUGGAGAUAUUGGGGAGUAUUAUCAAUGGUUUUGCUCUGCCUCUGAAAGAGGAGCAUAAGCUUUUUCUCGUGCGUGCUCUGAUUCCCCUUCACAAACCGAAGCAAAUGUCUGCGUAUCAUCAGCAGCUGUCGUAUUGUAUAACUCAGUUUGUCGAGAAAGACGUGAAGCUAGCUGACACAGUAAUCCGGGGCCUUCUGAAGUACUGGCCUGUGACUAAUAGUUCCAAGGAGGUUAUGUUUAUUAGUGAAAUGGAGGAAGUCUUGGAAAUGACGCAAGCUCCGGAAUUUCAAUGUGUUAUGGUCCCUUUGUUCCAUCAGAUCGGUCGCUGCAUCAAUAGCUUUCAUUUUCAGGUAGCUGAACGCGCACUCUUCCUGUGGAACAACGACCACAUAAGAAGUCUGAUCAUUUCGAACCAAAACGUGGUACUCCCCAUCAUACUCCCGUAUAUGGAGAAGAGCAUCCGUGGUCACUGGAACCACGCCGUUCAGAGCCUAACACUGAACGUGCGCAAGGUAUUCGUGGAUGCUGAUCAAUCAUUCUUUGAUCAGUGCAUGGACAAGUUCAAAGAAUACGAAGCCAAGGAGAAGGAAAUGCUGGAAAGACGAGUUUCAAACUGGAAACUGUUAGAAGACAUAGCUGCUUCUAGAUCCCUCAGAAACGAGCCUCUGCCCGUAUCUAUUUUUCCUUCCUCUGUUGCUAUAGCCACCGGCACUGAUUCAAGAGCAGCCAUCGGGAGCUGAGGCGCCCACCGUGAGCCUGGAGGCCCCGACUUCUCAAAUAAAGAUCCAACCAAGAUCCGUAUCAGAUCAGAUUUUUUCGUAUUUGCAGUCGGAGAUGCCGGUAUGUUUCUUUUGAUUCGUUUUCGUUUAAAUUUGCUUCGAGGUUGGAGUGGUUCAGCUAGCAGGCGUUGUAUGAUAAAAAUGCUGAAACUAAAGGUCCAAUUUUUAUGUCAUUUUUUUUCUUAGUUACUGAUGCAGAAAAAUAUGUUCAUUUUGUAAUUUAAGAAGAGAGAUGAUGAUCAGUAUUUGUAAUGAAAUGCAUCAGAUGCAACAUUUUUUGUAUUUUGCUUCAUUCCUUGUUUCUGUGGUUUGCAGUUUGAUGAUUUUAUAAGUGUAAGAGCAAACUAUUUGUACAAAGAUUACAAAAAUAGUGUUGGCAUCAUUUUAAAUUA